CAUUUAUAAUAUUAAUAGGAUAAUAGGAUGUAUAAUAUACUCACGUAAAUGUAGUAGGUGCUCAUUUCUUUUUUCUUGUUUCAGAUAAACUGAUACGUCGAACUUGAAGCACUACUCGAAAACGAUAUAGAAAAAAAUCUAGUCAAUUCAUAUAAACAAAAAUGAAAUAAUUUUACAAACGUGUUUUAUUUAAUUAAUUAUUUUUAAGCUCGUACUUAUUUAGUGUUAAAUUUUUAUAUUAGCUUCCAAAAUGCAAAUACUCAAGGCUCGUUUCGCUUUGAGAGCCAGUGCUUCGCAGUUCCAGGCGUGGAGCACUGCCAAGACUAGGACAGCGUCGACGGAUUCAAAAACAGUAGAAUACAAACCCAUCAGAAGCGUACUGGUAGCGAAUCGGGGUGAAAUAGCAAUCAGAGUAUUUCGAGCAUGCACAGAGUUGGGUAUACGCUCAGUCGCCAUAUACAGCGAGCAAGACAAACUGCAGAUGCACAGGCAAAAAGCCGACGAGUCAUAUCUAGUUGGCAAAGGAUUGCCUCCGGUUGAAGCUUAUCUUAGCAUACCAGAAAUAAUUAGAGUAGCAAAAGAGAAUGAUGUCGAUGCUGUGCAUCCCGGCUACGGAUUGCUCUCUGAAAGGUCAGACUUCGCUCAAGCUAUCAUUGAUGCCGGUCUACGUUUCAUCGGACCCGCUCCGAGGGUGGUACAGCAGAUGGGGGAUAAAGUUGCUGCGAGGAAGGCCGCCAUCGAAGCUAAGGUCCCGAUAGUACCUGGAACAGAUGGCCCUGUGACAACGAAAGAGGAAGCUCUCGCUUUUUGCAAGCAACAUGGUCUCCCUGUUAUAUUUAAGGCAGCAUACGGUGGCGGCGGGCGUGGCAUGAGAGUGGUGCGGGAAAUGGAUGAAGUGGCUUCAGCUUUCGAGAGGGCCUCCUCUGAAGCGCUCGGGGCAUUCGGCAACGGUUCAAUGUUCAUAGAGAGAUUCAUCGAGAGGCCGAGACAUAUCGAAGUGCAACUGCUUGGUGACAAAGCCGGCAACGUGGUUCAUUUGUACGAGCGCGAUUGUUCAGUUCAAAGGCGACAUCAGAAAGUCGUCGAAAUCGCACCCGCGCCACAACUAGAGCCCGAGAUUCGUCAAAAGAUGACUGACUGUGCAGUUCACCUAGCUAAACAUGUGGGAUAUGAAAAUGCUGGCACUGUCGAGUUUUUACUAGACGACAAAGGCAAUUUCUACUUCAUCGAAGUCAACGCCAGGUUACAAGUGGAACACACUAUCACUGAAGAAGUUACCGGUAUUGAUCUAGUACAGUCUCAGAUUCGCGUCGCUGAAGGUAUGACUCUGCCGGAGAUCGGUCUCACACAGGACAAGAUUAGAGCGCAAGGUUUCGCGAUACAAUGCCGUGUCACCACCGAAGAUCCCGCCAAUAACUUCCAACCGAGCACCGGGAGGAUCGAAGUGUUCAGGUCUGGUGAAGGUAUGGGCAUCCGUCUCGACUCUGCCUCGACAUACGCCGGUGCAGUUAUAUCUCCAUAUUACGACUCGCUAUUAGUUAAGGUAAUUUCCCACGCACAAGACUUGUCCGCGUCCGCUGCCAAAAUGAACCGAGCAUUACGAGAAUUCCGUAUACGUGGCGUAAAAACUAACAUUCCAUUCCUGCUCAACGUAUUGGAAAAUCAGAAGUUCCUUAAUGGUGCUGUAGACACGUAUUUCAUUGACGAGCAUCCACAACUAUUCAUGUUCAAGCCAUCACAGAACCGUGCCCAGAAAAUCCUCAACUAUCUCGGAUACGUGCUUGUGAACGGUCCAGCAACUCCCCUCGCCACAAGUAUUCCGCCCGCUGAUGUCAAACCGUACGUGCCACCUGUUCCAUUAGGUAACUAUGCCAUGUCAUUAGACCUUUCCCCCGAGGCCAUUAAAAGACAGGAACUAACAGGCGAGAAUACAGCUGUCCAACCUCCAAGAGGUUACAAGCAAAUACUUCAAGAGGGUGGGCCAGAAGCAUUCGCAAAAGCGGUCAGAAGAAACAAAGGCCUCUUACUUAUGGAUACCACAUAUAGAGAUGCCCAUCAGUCAUUAUUAGCGACUCGCGUCAGAAGUCACGACUUACUCGCCGUGUCGCCGUACGUCGCGCAUAAUUUCAGCAAUUUGUAUUCGCUAGAGAAUUGGGGAGGCGCCACAUUUGACGUUGCACUUAGGUUCCUCCACGAAUGUCCAUGGGAGCGUCUUCGUGACAUGCGCGCUUUGAUACCGAACAUUCCUUUCCAAAUGCUACUUCGUGGCGCGAACGCAGUAGGAUACACGAACUAUCCUGACAACGUAGUAUACAAAUUCUGCGACAUGGCAGUACAAGCCGGUAUGGACAUUUUUAGAGUGUUCGAUUCCCUCAACUACCUGCCUAACUUGAUACUGGGCAUGGACGCGGCCGGUAAAGCCGGCGGAGUCGUAGAAGCCGCCAUCUCGUACACAGGCGAUGUUUCCGAUCCCAACAAGAAGAAAUACGAUCUCAAAUACUAUGUUAAUUUGGCUGAUGAGCUGGUGAAAGCGGGAACACACAUAUUGGCUAUCAAAGAUAUGGCUGGACUGCUAAAACCACAGGCCGCUGAACUCCUCAUCAAAGCUAUCAGGGAUAGACACCCAGACGUUCCGAUUCACGUGCACACUCACGACACGUCCGGUGCGGGCGUGGCUUCGAUGCUAGCGUGCGCACGAGCGGGAGCGGACGUGGUGGACGUGGCGGUGGAUUCCAUGUCGGGGAUGACCAGUCAACCUAGUAUGGGAGCAGUCGUAGCCUCGUUACAGGGCACGAACAUCGAUACCGGUAUCCCUCUACAGAAGAUAUCUGAAUACUCUGCUUAUUGGGAACAAGCUCGCACAUUAUACGGACCGUUCGAAUGCACGGCCACAAUGAAAUCUGGUAAUGCUGACGUGUAUAUGAACGAAAUACCUGGAGGGCAGUACACCAAUCUACAGUUCCAAGCGUUCUCACUCGGUCUGGGCACUCAGUUUGAACAAGUCAAGAAAGCUUACAGGGAAGCGAAUCUCUUACUGGGCGAUAUCAUCAAAGUUACUCCGUCGUCUAAAGUGGUUGGUGACCUGGCUCAGUUCAUGGUCCAGAACAAGCUAACCGCUAAGGAGAUCGAGGAGCGAGCGGAGGAACUAUCCUUCCCCAAGUCUGUGGUGGAAUACUUGCAGGGAGCUAUCGGAAUACCGUAUGGUGGAUUCCCUGAACCGCUCAGAUCCAAGGUCCUUAAGGAUAUGCCGAGGAUAGAAGGUCGUCCAGGUGCAGAGCUACCUCCUCUUGACUUCAAUAAACUUAAAGAAGACCUAUCGGAAAGUUAUUCUGGGUUGAGUGACGAAGAUGUGAUGUCAGCCGCCAUGUACCCGCAAGUGGCCAACGACUUCUUCCGCAUACGGGACAAAUACGGACCUGUGAAGCAUUUGGACACGAAGACAUUCCUCACUGGACCCACUGUUGGCGACACUAUAGAAGUCAAGAUCGAAAGAGGAAAGACGUUGGAUAUUAGAACUCUCGCCGUGUCCGAAGAGAUGACCGCAGCGGGCGAGAGGGAAGUGUUCUUUGAACUGAAUGGACAGCUGCGUUCUGUGUUUAUAAGGGACGAGAACGCGAGCAAGGAAAUGAAGAUCCACCCGAAAGCUGUGAAAGGUGAUAAACACCAAGUUGGUGCUCCCAUGCCCGGAACUGUGUUGACAAUAAAGGUGAAAGAGGGUGAUAAAGUGGAGAAGGGCCAACCGAUAGCUGUCCUCUCUGCUAUGAAAAUGGAAAUGAUCGUUCAAGCGCCCAUGGCCGGUGAAGUCAAGAACGUAGCAAUCUCCAACGGACAGAAACUGGAAGGCGACGAUCUAAUUUGCACCAUAGAGUGAACGAAAGAAGGUUGAAUUUUGUUUGAAGCGAAUGAAUGAGUUGUGAUUUUGUAAUAUAGAAAAAAAAAUAUUUUUAAAAUACGCGACCGUCUCAAGCAUAUUUAUAUAGCAUACAUAGAAGAUAAAUAUCUAUAUAGCAUUAUAAAUGCAAAAAAUAUCAAAAAUAAGAAUCUUCCUGAUAUAUUAUUUGUUGAUUUAAGUUUAAAAUGGUGCGAAUGAAAACGUGAUUGGACUGCUAUUAUAAUGUUAUUAAAAUAUAUAUACAUAUAUAUUGAAAUAUUUUGUGUGCUUAAAAGACAUUAUCACUUAAGAAGUGUGUUAAUUAAUUUUUUGAUAAUUUAUUCAAUACGUCAUACAGAGUACAUCUGUGAUAUGUCACUUAUUAUAAUAUAGUGUCUAUGAAAUAUACACAUCACUUUUACAGUACAAAAUUUAUAUAUAAAUUAACUGACGCAUUCAGAGACGUUUAAUGAUUAUUUAAGAAAAACUUAGACUAAACACGAUUUAAAUAAAGUAAAUUUUUUCAAAUAAAGUCAACAAAAAUUGUCAUUUAGCGUUUCUAAGUACGGCGUUAAGACUUCUCGAAAAUUUGAAGGAAGUUUAUUAGUUAGAUUAGUCAUUCCAUCCUAUUGUAGAGGAACGAUAUUUUUAUUUACAUUUUUUUAGGUAAUAGUUAUUGUUUUAAUUAUCUUAUAAAUUUUUUAAAGUUUUGGUGCUCAUUUGUUACUUACAAUUUUUAUUGUUAUUUAUAUGUUUGUAUUUUUAUUUAAUAAAAUCCUUAUAUUAUAAAA